AUGUGGAAAAGCAAGAACUGGCUAGAUCGCGAUUAUGGAUCGAUAAUGCCUGCGAACGAAAAUGAACGGAAUAAUGAAUAUGACGAAGAAAACCUUAUCCCCUUGACGAUAUUCCCAGAUCUGGAGGACCCCGACGAGGUCAAGCCGAAGCAUCUGCUCCUCUUUAUUCUCUCUAUUCUGUGCUUCAUUCUGACGGGGAUAUUCGUUUUGGCUUUGAUUAGUGUGAGGAUGUCGGAUGAGCCGGUCGAAUCAUGA